AUGACUGGAAUGGAUCUUCGUUCAAUUUUAGGCCCGGUAGCUGAUCAUUUAGUCCAAACAACUACCCCAAUUAGUUAUACAAGGCCUAUAAUGAAAAAUAAAUUUGUUGAUUAUGGAAUAUUGAGUUUGGACAAUUUCUUAAAUGGACGUUUUCGUUCAAUGCAAAGAAUACCUUAUUUGUUAGAAAAGGAGAAAAUGCUGAAAUUAAGAAAUAAUGAAACAUUGAAUACACAACCUCAUGAAAAAGAACAUGAAGAAGAAGAAAUUGAGGGAUCAGGAGAAGAAGACAAAGAAGAAGAAGAAAAACAAAUUGAAAAUAAGAAUAAUACUUUAAAAGAAUUAAAUUCUUCGAUUAAAGGAAUUCCAAAAACUAAACCAUUUAUUCCAAAAAUCCCUUUAUUAAAUUUUAAUAAUAAUGAAAAAGAUGAAUUAAUAAAUACAAAGAUAAAUAAAAAUAAAGAAAAUAAAAUAAAUGAAAUUAUGGAAAAUAAUGACAAUAAUAAUUUAAUUAAUAUGGAAGAAUAUCAAUAUGGAGCAAAACCAAAUAUGCAACAAGGAAUAUUAAAUACUUUACUUGACUUUUUUGGAGUUAAAUAUUUACAAGGAAGUGAAUUAGACAAAGUUUUGACUGACUGGAUAAUGGAAAAUACCCCAAAAUAUAUUAGCAAAAGUGAUAAAAGAGCGGGGAUUAAUACAAGUAGUUAUGAUGUAUUGAGAGGUUUACUUAGUCAACCUGUUCUACCUCUUUGCAGUUCACCUCCUCAAUUAGUUGAACAUUUUAAUUUGGAUGCAUUUAUGGGGCAAUGGUUUGAAGUUAUGUAUAGCCGCCCAUUAAUUUCUGCACCAUUAGAAUGUACAACAUUUUCAUUUAGGCCAAUAUUUAAAACAAAUCGAACAGAUAGAAUAGGUUCUUUGUUUGAAAUUGUUAAAUUUUCUAUUCCUCCAAUAAAAAAUUUAAAUAAUUUACAAAAACCAAAAAUAAUUUCUGGACAUGCUAUUUUAUCUAGACCUGGACAAAUUAUUUUAAAAAAUACAAAUGAACCUGAAGAAAUUAAUGUAAAUAUAUUGGAUGCCGGUUAUUCAAAUGAAGAAAAACGUUAUGAUUGGGCAAUUCUUGGUAUUAAUUGUAAUUAUCCUAUUAAAGUAAUUGCGAGAGAUCCAAUUACUUUUAAUCAGAAAUAUUCCCAACUAGCAAUGCAUAUAUUAGAAAAGAAAGGAUUAAUUAAUAAAGUUAGCCAUAUAUUAAAAUUUGUAACAAAUACAUAUCCAGAUAGUUGUAAAAUACCCACAAAUUUAUUUAUUUAA